CAGAAAAAUUUGUAAUUAAAAUUCUGUCGUGUUGUGGACUUAUUACUGUUAUUCGCUCCUAUAGUUUGUGUGCUGGUGGGAAAACCAACUGAUCCGAAUCAUGGUUUGCUUCAAUUCAUUCAGUUAUAGACCUGAAAAAGUUUAGUUGCAAUAAUAGUUAUAAUCAUGAACAUUAUCAAUAAUAAAAUAACAAGCAACCUUGCUGUUAAAGAUAUCUCAUGCUUUGUUAUCACAAAAUAUGAUAGAAAUUUAGAAGAGUAUUUAAACUGGUAUCAGUUUCCUCGGGAUUACUAACUCCGUGUUGGCGCAAUAAAUGAAAAGUGAAGGAAAAUAAUUUACAAGAACAACGAACUGUGUUAAAAUUAUCCAGCUUCUUACCCAGCUCCUCAAUUGUGAGCCUAUAUAGACUUAAUAGCACAUGAAUAUUUAUCUCCUGAAUUCAAACUGCGACCAGCAAACAGACCUCAAAUCAUCACAACUGUACCAGAACAAAUUUCUAGCCUUCGAUACUCCCGUUUUUAAUUACAUUUGAGCAAGGGAUCCACAAUAAAUGACCCCGUAUAGCCCGUUAUAUACGGCGAGCCCUGCAGUUGCCACGUCAUCCGUGUGAUGACAACACCUUUCUCGGUCUCGGAUCUCGUAUAGCCCGACCCCGUAUAGCCCGUUAUAUACGGCGAACCCUGCAGUUGCCACGUCAUCCGUGUGAUGACAACACCUUUCUCAGUCACGGAUCUCGUAUAGCCCGACCCCGUAUAGCCCGUUAUAUACGGCGAGCCCUGCAGUAGCCACGUCAUCCGUGUGAUGACAACACCCUUCUCUGUCACGGAUCUUCUCACGCCCUUUGCUCCAGGUCCUUUGGACACACAAAUUUCUUCCUUCAACUCCCCUCGCUGCUUCUCCACCCUGGAGCUGCUGGACUGUCCUCCAGGCGGGUAUGGAGGCGCCCGCUACCCGCCUGUGCCACAUGCCGCAUACGCCACGUCACACGACAUGUCGUACGACAGUCGUAACGUCGCAGCGCACGCCACUUACGGCCCUACGUCCUGGUAUAACCCUGCUGUGUCCGGAGCAUCGCCAUUUGCAUUCUCGCGUCUCAUGGGCGGGUCCGGCAACGUGGCGUCCCUGUCAGCGUGCGGCGUGGGCGACAACAAGGCAAUGCACUUCCCGCUCUCCCAUCGCAGAAAACGACGCAUCCUCUUCACUCAGGCACAGGUGUACGAGUUGGAGCGGCGCUUCAAGCAGCAGAAAUACCUGAGUGCCCCCGAGAUCGAGCAGCUGGCUGGCCUCAUCCACCUCACCCCCACGCAGGUGAAGAUCUGGUUCCAGAACCACCGCUACAAGAUGAAGCGCGCGGCCAAGGAGAAGUCCAUGACGGAGAACAACAGCCAGUCGAGCGCGUCUGUGCGCCGUGUAAGUGUGCCGGUGCUGGUGAAGGACGGCAAACCUUGCUCGUCCUCCAGCGACUCCCCGGAGCCUUCCUCCAUCUCUGACUCCAAAUCCAGCUCUGUGCUCCACUCCACCUCCAGUUCUGUGCUCCACUCCACCUCCAGCGCUCCACAGCUCAGCAACCACUUCCAGCACCACACAAGCGCAUCUAGCACAACCGAUGUAGGAGGUGUAGGUGGUAACAAUGAUGGAGGCGCUACGCACUCACACAACAACCAGCAACAUGCAGGUCACCAUCAUCAUCUGCACAGCACGCAUCAUCAUCACCAACAACACCACGGUGCAGUCAACCAACACCAAAUGAUAUCACAACCACCCCCACUAACACCAUUAUCCCAGCUACCGCAACACCAACCUAUUCAGGACAACAGCACCAACAGUACGGUUGGUGACAACCUCAGUCUCAUGGAUACUGAUGGUGGUGACAGUGCUGGUGGUGCUGAGGGUGGUGCUGCUGGUGGACUGCACCACAGCACUGCGCACCAAAUGUCGGGAUACGGAUCACCGGCUGUGCACUCAGGAGCGAGCAGCGAAGUUGGGGGCGGUGGUGGCACCGGUACCCCAGACUGCCCGUCCCCGAUGCUGCUGGCGCCCCAGAACUCUGCCUCAUCUCUGCCCCACCACAUCACCGCCGGACUUGGAGGAUUAGGCCUCGGCAUUGGGGAUUACUCCCGCAUGACUCCCCCAGUUCAUCCCAUGGUCACACCGCCUCCUCCCCACCACAUGGUCACUCCCCCUCACACUCCCCACAAUCCCCAAGCAUCCAUGUAUUACUUCCCACUGCAGGGCAGGAAUUGGUGAUGGUGUGGGGACUUCUAUUGAGAAGAGGAUGCGACAGUACGUAGCACAAUUCUCAAUGGAUCAUCCCGAAACAUAUGAUGCUGUUAACAAAAUUUACGAGCUGCAAGACCCCUUGUGAACAUGAUAUCAUACUAAGACAUCAUAAGAAGUGUACUAUAUUGCUGACUUAAUUACUACGAGAUAAUUAGGCAUUUUUUCUGGGAUGUUGCAGGGUAGAAACUUGUUAUCAUGUACAGUACGAUGCGCUCCUCCCAUCACGACACUGGCAGGGCUUCAAUUUAAUACUACGGAUUCAAAUUUUUUGUUGAUUUCAAUUUUUUGCUGGAGGGAAAGUAGAAGAGAACGCAUUAUAACCAAAAUGUUGAACAAAAUGCUAUUUCUGAAGUAAUU